CAGAGGAUAUGAGGUUUAUCAGUUUGUUGAGUAUCAUAAUCACUUAAUGGUUGCGGAUGAGCAUAGGCAUUUUAUGAUGGCCAAUCGCAAUCUGGAUCCUAUUCAUCGGAGGUUUAUGGAGGAUUGUGGCAGGUGUAAUAUUGGUCCCACUCUCACAUUCAAACUUUUGAAGGAGAUAAUGGGUGGACCUGAAAAUGUUGGAUGUGAUAUUAUUGAUAUUAGAAAUGGUUAUCGUGAUAUUAUGUCCAAUAUUGAUGGUUCAGAUGCUCAAAUGAUUUUUGAUUAUAUGCGUUCUCAAAAGGAAUCAUCUGAUGCCUUCUAUUAUGAAAUUGAGAUAGGAUCUCAUGGAAAGUUAACUAGACUCUUUUGGGCUGAUGCUAUUUCAAGACGAAAUUAUCAUAUGUUUGGAGAUGUAAUUUCAUUUGAUUCAACAUACAACACUAACAGGUAUUGCAUGAUUUUUGCUCCAUUAAAAUCUUUACUUGGUAAUGAAGAUUUCAAAAAAGAGUUGAAUGCAUGUGUUUGGUCUGAUUUGUUAGAGCCUGAUGAGUUUGAUAUAAUAUGGAAUGAUAUAAUGGAACGGUAUGGAUUAGAAGACGUGCACUGGUUUGGAUCAAUGUUUGAAGAUAGAGAAUUCUGGGACUACAUCGAUGUCUGA